UAAGAAAACGUCACAUUGAUACUUGCCGUUGGUUAGUUUCGAAACCAUACUCUCAUGCAUGAGAAAGGAGCAUAUUUUAAUAUACUCUAAGUGUUUACCUGUCAAAACUCCAUAGAGGAUAAAAGCUAAAACCUCUAUGGUAAACUUUACUUUUUUCUGCGUUUAUCAACACGACGCCGUUGCCAAGGCGACAACAUAAACAGCGGAGCACCGAAGACCGAAAGAGAUUUUUUACCAAUUUUUACCCGUUUUAGUUUUUAGUAAUUAUUUGUAAAUAUUUUUAGUGUUUCAAUUGUUUAAGUUUUAGUGUUAUCUUCCAAUAUGGAUGAGGACGAAGAUUUCCAAGUGGCGAUUGCCAUCGGCUCCGAGACCACCGAAGCGGAGAGGGAAUAUGGCAUUGUCCUGGAGCAGUUGCGUGAUUCGGAAGGUAUGAAGUUCAUAACCGAUGUGUACACCAAGCUGUACGACACGUAUUACAAGCUGAAAGAGGAGAAUGCACAACAUUGCGAGGCGAAAGAGGCACUAAAGGCCAAACUGGGUCGCUUCGAUGACACCGUAACAGAUUUCAUGAGUGAAAUAGCAGAAAAUCACAAGGUCAUCGAAAAGCUACGAACUGAAAUCAAGGAAGCCCAAGCUCUAGCAGACGCGAUGCACGCUCGGGAGCUGACCAGUGUAGAGAGUCUAGAGACCAUGAAGAAACAGAUCGUCAGACUUGAGAAGGAACUGGAUGCUAGGAAACGAGCUGGUGAAGAAGAUGCAAAUCUUAAAAUUCUACAGAUUAUAGAUAUAGAUAGAUGGAUUGACGAAACUGGCAAUUCGUCUGUCGAUCGUAGGUCCUUGCCACGAGGUCUCACAGGGCGCGUUGGGCUCGCAGCGCAAGUAGCAACACCGAUGCAAGCGCCAAUGCCAGCCAAUGAGCUGCACGACGUCGCCGCGACCGCGCACGCUGCUCAUGAGGAAGAACCCCUCUGUGGUUCGAAACUAGUAGAGCUUUUCUCAGUACAAAUUGUCGGUCCUUCUGAGGACCUUAAUCUUAAUCUUAAAGAAGAUUACAUACACUGCUGUCUUUUCAAAAAUAACGUUCAUAAAUCUUUCAGUGGAGCAACGUCAGCGGCUAAAGAGAAGGAGAAGUUUGAAAAAGAGAAAGCACGUCUCCAAGCUGAGCUAGAUGCUGUUAAACAGAGGCUCGCCAACUCAGUCCAGUAUGUGGAGGAACUGGAGGCGAAAAACCAUAAUAAGGAAGUUAAUAUAUCCAAACUUGAGGAGCAGAUUGAGGAAGCUGAAAACAACGCAGUUCGUCAGAAUCGUCUGGUAGAUCACCUGAAGACUGAAACGACGGGUCUCAAGGCAGAAGUGGACACCAGGGGAGGCACCAUCAGCACCCUCAGUGAUAAGCUAAUGAAAGCAGAGAAAGCCAUAGACCGUCGGGACCGCCAGUUGACCAACAUGACAACGAAACUGGAAGCAGCUCAUGCUGAGCAAGAAGCAGCUGUGAACAAGAGCACGCAGCUUAGGGAACAAGUGGAUAAUUUGAACUCAGAACUAGAUAAAGCCAAGACUCAACUCAAUCAUACUACUAAAGAACUUAAGAACACGAUCGACGACAGCCACAAAAUACGUAACGAAGCGUCGAAGCUUAUGAAGCAGAUUCUGCAGCAGACCAAGAAGUACCAGAUUCUGGAACAUAGCAAGGUUGGCGUUGAAACCGAUCGGGAGCGUCUGAGGCAACAAGUGACGGUGAUGGAACGCGACCUGAUGAUCAGCAAGAGGCAGGCGGAGGCCGACAGGAGAGAUAUAGAGAACUUGAAGCGAGAGAAAGACAUACUCACUAAGAACAUGCAGAAGAUACAAAAUGAAGCACUAGAGAACCUGAACAUGCUGGACCUGCAGGAGCAGAGACGCAAGCAGUUGGAGCACGAGCUGGAGACCAACACCGCGCAGAUACACAAACAGAGGCUCAUGAUACGCACCUUCGAGAAGGAUAAAGAUAGAAUGCUGGAGGAGACAAUCGCCCUAAAUGAGAAAAUUGAUGAAAUAACAGAGGAGGUUCGUCUCCGUACGGCUGAUAUCUUGGACUUGAAGAAGGCACUUCGCGAGGAGACCAUCAAAUCUCGCAAACUAUCCGUCGCCCUGGAUGCUACUAGAGCUGAGAGAAACAUGCUGCAUAAGAACUAUACUGAGGCCCUGGAUGAAAUACAGGACCUGAAACAGAAGAUGAAGAUGCUAGCAUAUCAAAUAGAACAGCUGAAAGAAGAUAUAAGCGGCAAGGAAUCUGGACUGAAGUCCUGUGAAGGUUUCCUCGGGAAAUGCAAUAAGAAAAAUGAACAGCUACGGAUGGAGAUUCAGGCCGGACUCGCGAAGUUGUCCGAAGCGAGAGCUGACAUAGCCGCCCUGAGGCAGGAGGAGGCUAGGCUCAAUAGGAUCGUGCAGGAAGGUGACGCGGCUCGUGCGAAACUCAUCAAGGAGUUGGAAGGUCUGAUGAACGAGCGUGAUGUGGUCGGCGCUCAACUUGUGAGGAGAAACGAUGAGAUAUCUCUGCUUUAUGAAAAGAUACGGAUUCUUGAGGUCACGCUGCAAAGAGGUGAGCGUCAAUACGAGCAGCGUGUCGAAGAUAUCAGACUGCUCCGGCUGGAGAUCAUACGACUGCGGAAAGAGAAGAACUUGCUGUCUAAGGGAAUUGAGAACAUGACUGAUUUGAGGCUCGAGGUAUUCAACCUAGAACGCGAGUUAGGUCGCGAACGUCUCCGGGUGCGUGCACUAGAGGAGGCGCUGGAGACUCCGCUGAACGUGCACCGCUGGCGCAAGCUGCAGGGCACUGACCCGGAGAGCGUCCGACUCACGCAGAAACUCAGACUGACGCAGAAGAAAGUGCUAGCUCAAAGCGAAAUGCUCGUACUGAAAGACCGGGAGCUGAAGGAAACGCGGAACCUGUAUACUGCAGUCAAAGAUAUGCUGGCCUUGCAGCCUAGUCCAGAGAUUCAGAUAACAUUGAAUCGUACGCAACGGGCCCUGACAAAUAGGACCACGAAGAUGAAGUGCUUAAUUGCAGAGCUAAGCAUGCGUGAACGGCAAGUGAACGACCAACGCUUAGAACUGGAUCGUGUCAACAGCGAACUACACUCCUACAAACAGAAAUAUUUCGAGAUGAAGAGAGCAUUGGACGCUGAUGAAGCAAGGAGGUUGAAGGUCGCAACGCCACCGUCAGCCGUGAUAUCAAAACAGGCAGUGGUUCUUCAGUAAUGUUAGUAAUCCCGCCUAUUACGUAUAACCGUCGAAAAAUCAGGGAUAGACAAUAACUUUAAGUGUUGUUUCUAUUAUUUAUUAUUUGUCAUUAUUUAUUAUCUAAAAACCGGAGUUUUAUGUGGAAGUACUCGAUUGCCAAAUUAUAAUCUUGAAACUUCUAAGAAAACCUUUUGAUUGAAACUAACGGUUAUGGUUGUUACUGUGUGUAAUUAUGUAUAUAGUAACUGACUCCCAAUGGAAAAUGAAUACUU